AUGACAGUGCUUAAUACCAACCACAUAUUGACCUUUUCCUGUAUAGUUUCUGCAGCUGUUGUCAUCCUAGGCAGAACCUGCAGUUGCCUGCAGUUCACUUACCCCAACUUCAACACAAGCCAAAAGGAUGAUUUCAGCUUCAGCCCAGGCUCAUCAAUCACAAAUGGCUCCCUUUAUAUCACCCCGAAUACCGGAAACAUUAGCCACCGGUCUGGGAGAGUGGUCUAUGCAAGGGAAACCCUCAAGCUAUGGAACAGCAAGCGGACGUCACUCACGUCGUUCAGGACAGAGUUCGUGCUGAACAUCCUCCCACAGAAUGGAAGUGCUGGAGAAGGUAUGGCCUUCAUUCUCACAAAUAAUCCAUCUUUGCCCAGCAACAGCAGUGGCCAGUGGCUGGGUAUGUUCAAUAACCAGACAGAUGGCGCCUUUGAAAACCGAGUAGUAGCUGUGGAAUUCGACACCAGGAAGAGCUACAAGGAUGACCUUGACGGCAACCAUGUCGGAAUUGACAUCGACAGCAUCAAAUCUGUCGAUCAGAGCCCACUCAGUAAUCAGUCCAUCACCCUCUCAAGUGGGUCUGAUAUAUGGGUCGGGAUCAAAUACGAUGGUACAACACUAUUGUUUGAAGUAACUCUAAUCCAGUAUAGCACAAGUGGGCAGCAGCAUGUAUCUGGAGUAAGUCGGCUCAUUGACCUAUCACUAGGUCUACUGGACGACAUACAUCUAGUAUUUGCAGGUUCCACGGGCGACUUCACCCAACUGAACCAGAUAAAGUCAUGGAACUUCACCACAAUAGACAAUGUUGGAAGAGGACAUGGGAGAAAGGUGCUUUUGGCUCUUAUUGUCUUGACUAUAUUUUCCCUCUGUUUGUUCGCUGUGCUCUUCAUGUGGAGAAGGCUAACGCGGCAGAGAAGGCUUGCGUACCGCAACCUGGAGAAAAUGAUCGACGUGCAUGGUCCAGUCAAAUUUAAGCUCAAGGAGCUCAGGCGUGCUACUGCCAACUUCAGUACAACCCGUAAGCUUGGCAGAGGUGGCUUUGGCACCGUUUACCUUGGCUACAUCAGUAGGAUGAACUUGGAGGUGGCCGUGAAGCGGGUGUCAACGAACAAUGCCAAGUCCGACCGAGGAGAGCAGGAAUUCGUUGCGGAGGUGAACACGAUCAGCAAGCUCUCGCACCGGAACCUUGUCAAGCUAAUUGGCUGGUGCCACGAGGAGGCCGAGCUGCUCCUCAUCUACGAGUACUUUCCCAUGGGCAGCCUGGACAAGCUCUUGUAUGCCAGUGCCAGAGUGAGCAACUUGUCAUCGGAUACGAGUGUUCUGGAGCUCACAUGGGAACGACGGUACAGGAUAAUAUGUGGUGUGGCAUCGGCGCUGGACUACCUGCACCAUGGGAGCAGCAAGAGGAUCCUGCACAGGGAUGUCAAGGCCAGCAAUGUCAUGCUUGAUGAGGACUACAACGCACGGCUGGGCGACUUUGGCCUCGCCCGUGUCAUCCAGCACGACGGUGUCACGCACCACUCCACGCAGGCGGUGGCUGGCACUCGCGGCUACAUGGCCUAUGAGAGCUUCUUCACCGGCCGUGCCAGCCUCGACACGGAUGUGUACGCUUUUGGAGUCUUCGUCAUGGAGGUGGUCAGUGGAAGGAGCCCGAGCAGCUCCGUGUCCUACCGCAAUCAGGAUGAGGCUGUACGCAGGACGCGGGAGGCUAUGUAUAUUGUGGAUUGGAUCUGGAGGCAUUACGGCGAGGGCAAAGUCUUGGCGGCUGCUGACACGGUGCUUGGUGGAGUGUAUGAUGAGGCGCAGGUGGAUUGCGCGGUAAGGUUGGCUGUGGCGUGCUGCCACCCGAACCCGAGGGAGAGGCCUUCUAUGAGGACGGUGGUGCAGGUUUUGAUGGGUGGAACGCCACCGCCGGAACCCCCGUAUGUGAAGCCUGCCUUUGUCUGGCCUCCGUCUGGCAGUCAGCCGGAGAUCGAGCUGCCUCACGUUGGUUUGCUCUUCACCGGAGGGCAGACCAGUUUCUGCUCCAUGACCUCCACUUCACUCACAGGUAGGUGA